AUGGCGAGCAGAUGGGCGGCGCUCGCACGGCGCCGCAUCGCUGUGCCACGCCGCGAUUUCGGCGUGCGGUGGACGUCCCAGUCGCGGCUGGACGAGGUCCUGCCACAGCGCACAUCCAUCGACCAGGGCGCGCUGCCUGCGACGCCCGAGACGUACUUGGCGCUGCGCGCGUCGCAGCGCGAGCUGCGCGCCUUGCCCGAGUCGUCGUACGUUGCGCUGAUACACGGCGCAGGGCGCACAGGCCUUGCAGGGCUUGUGUCUAACAUUGUGAGCGACGUGCUCGAGUACCGCGCGGCGCCGCCGCACUCGGAGCGCCAGCGGAGACUUUUGCUGACACUCUUGUACAUGUGCAGCGAGAGUGCGAUGCGUCUGCCGAUGGCGCCGGAACUUGCAGUGCGCCUCACCACCGCGCUGCUGCGAGAGCAGGGGGCGUCGAUCAACAUGAUUCCCCCGUUUGUGGCCGCACACGUCGUCAAGAUGGCGCUCUCGAUUCCGUCCAAGCACGGCGAGCAGCACGCGCUCCUGCGCCCCCUCUUUGAGCGGCUGACACAUGCAGCGGUCUAUCCUAAUCUAGAAGAGGGGCUGCACUUGGUCGAGUACAUGAUGCAGUACGGCGACGCGGACCCGUCGGUGGUCAUGGAGCUCGUGUCGCGCACCGCACAGGUCGACGUCGGCCGCCUCCGCGAGCCGAUCCUACAGCAGGCGCGCGCCGACGGCUUUGCAUGGAGCCGCUGGGCACGCUCGGCGGGCGGCAUGACGGACGCAGGGCCGCUGCGGCACGCCGUGCCGGACCGCCUCAAGGCGCACGCGUUGCGCAUCUCGAUUUGGUCGCUGUGCUGCCGCGUAUGGCUCCGCAUGCACCGCGCACGCCGCUUUCGGUCUGCGCUCGAGCAGCUGGCCGCAGCCCUUGCUCGCGCAGACCGCGACGUGCACGAGCACGUCCAGGCGUCGCCCAGUGCAGGCAUUGUCCGCGCACUGCUCCAGGCGCACCUCGUGCACCUUGCCGGGAGCGCGUCGCGGAACGGCGUGCGGGCGGCACUCGCAAGCCUGCGCGCAUUUCAGGACACGGCCGGCCACGUCCUGCCACGCGUCAUUGCGUCAGUGUGCAACAAGGCGCUGGAACUCGACAUGGCCAAAGAGGCGGCGCUUGUCGUGCACACCGCGCUCGACGCCGACGCGCAUGCGAGCGACGAGGCGGCGUCAAAGCUCGCACACGCACUGGGACCACGCAUCGUGCUUGCUGCGCUCGAGUACGACACAGGCGCAGCGCGCUUCCACGAGGCAGGCCGCCUGGCACAGUGGAUGAUCCGCAGCCUGCCUGGCGACGCACUCGACCUGUUUUGGCCGCAGCCACUGCGUGCAAACGUGCUAGCGUGCCUUGCUACGGCCGAGCAGUCUAGCAUCGCAGAGUCGCUCUACACACGGUGGGCCGAGCCGAGGGACGAGCGCGUGCGGAUGGCGUGGCCGCACAGUGGCGAUGGCCACAUCGGUCAUCACACAGAUGCGCACGGCCGGCAGGCCCUUGCGCAGCACGCGCUCUCGAUCCUUGGCCAGGGCUGCGCGUUGCCCCCGCCGGGGCAGGGGACGCAGUACGAGCUCGCUCUUACUGCGCCCUGCAUGCUUGCGCUUGUCAAGCUCUUUGGCAGCGCGCCCCGCCACGGCACGGCAAGCAACCGCCCGCUGGCCGUCGCCGUGCGCGACCACUUUUUGCACGCUGCGCCGCUCGAAACGCGUCCGCACACCGAGCUCACGGCGCUCGCACAGGCCUCGCUCAUCGUCGGCGACCGCUCUACCGCGCUUGCCCUCUUGCGCCUCGUCCAGCCCCGCGUAGACGAUGCGGACCUCGCCGUGAUGCUGCGUGGGGCAUGCGACGUCGACGCAGACGCGGCCGUCGCGUGCUUCCUCGAUGCCCCCCAAAGCGCGUCAAAAAGCAACGCGCAGCUCUAUGCGGUGCUUUUCUCGCGGUGCGUGUCCUUGCAGCGCUUCGACCUCGCGGCGCGCGUACAUGCAGCGUCCGCCGAGCGUGGCCUGGGCGGCACGCUAGCGCGCGAUGCCAACGCCGCCUUCUUGGCGCACUCGUCUGCUCACCCUGCCGACGCAGUGCGCCGUGUGCUCGGCAUGCUGCGUGAGGGCUGGAUGCCCGACGCACGCCUCGUGCACUGGGUCAUUCGGUGCGCGGUGCGCGGCCUGUCGCUGCGGGCAGCCGGCUCGGCGCCGGGCCGUCACGAAUCGCGCCCUGCGCUGCGUGCGGCGCUUCGCCUCUUUCUCGCAUGUGCGCGCCGCGGCUACGUCGAUCUCCCUACGGCGCGCUUCCUCCUAUACCACAUUGCGCGGCACGCGCGCGAGCGCCGCGAGCGCCUGCGCACGAGCGUGUGGACCACGCAGCUCGACCGCGUCGUCGGCGCACUCCGCUGGGCGCCACACCUCGUGCGCGCGUCCGAGUACGCGGACAUUGCGCAUACCCCCAUGCCGACCGGCGUGCACCGAAACGGGGCGCCAAACGAACUGCCUGCGCCGCUCCUGCGCCAGGUCGUCCUAGCCUACGAGGCCCUGCGGGACGGCCACGGCGUCGCCGAGACGCUCGCGUGGAUGCACGAAAACGGCACGCUUUCACAGCGUGUCUCUUCCCAUACCCCUGCCGAACGUGCAUUUGCCGCGAUCGCCGCGCGCACGCCGUUGCAGCCCUCCCCGCCGCGCACCAAGGCGUGGUGGGGCCAUAGUUGA